CCUUUUCUCACUGUUUCUCUCACUGUUUCUCAUCGUUGCCGUCCCCCUCUCGAACGAUCAGAGUCGUCAUCGUCCUCCUCUCAGACUCGUCACCGUCCCCCUCUCAGAUUCGUCACCGUCCCCUUCUCAGACUCGUCACCGUCCCCCUCUCGAACCCAUCACUGUUCAGUGUCGUCACCGUCAUCAAAUCCCUCUCGAACCGUCCGCCUCUCGAACCCGCGCUCUCAUCUGUGGUCGCUGUCUCACUCUCAAGAACUGCUGCCAUCGUGUGGUAAAAACUCUUCGCCCUGGGAAGAAAAAACUAUCUACUUGGCCUGCACAUUUAGAAAUUUUCCCUAACCUGAUCCCUUGUAUCCUGGUGAAUUUCGAUAAACAACAAAUCGUAGUUUGGAGGGGGAAGGAUUAUAAGCACUUGAAAGGGUACAUGAAAAUAGACGCGGAGGUAGAUGGAGGGACAAUACUUAAGUUAUGGACUGAAUCUGCAGGGGGUUGCACUCGUGGUCGAGUUUAUGGUACGGGAGACUUGUCCAUUAACGUCCGACAGGGGUGUGUAUCGCUUACACAACAUUCCCAGAAUCCUUCUAAUUCUAUGACUGGGAUGUCUUUAGAAGCAGAGAAGGCAGCUAGAAUUAGAGCUGAACAAAUUGCUCAGGAUGCAUUGGCCCAAGCUCAAGUGGCUACCAAGGUCGCCGAAGAGGCUAGGGAGCGUACAAAGAAGUUAGAGAAUGAUUUUGAUGCAUUAAAGCAAUUUUUUGGCGAUAAAAUUGACGCUUUGCACCGUCAAUCAGCUGGUGGAUCAUGUAUUGCGAGUCAUCCUCCUUCGCAUCCUCAUUACGAUCAUAAUUUGGACGACGCGUCGCUUCACGAACCUUAAUGUCAUAGUUAUGGUUACUUUUGGUAGUAAUUGGUUGACAAUUAUGUAUUAGAUCACUUUGUUAAAGUUGUUAUUCGAUACUAUUUGUUAUUUUGUAAUUUCAGAACACAUGAUAUUUUGUUAUGUUAUUUAAUACUCUGUGCGUUUGUUAUAAUGUCAAUGAAUCACUUUUAAUGUUUA